AUGACCCAAAACUUUUCAGAACAAAUCUCGGAAGUGAGAGUCACUCUUAACAGGUUGAAUCAAGUCAAGAAAUCUAAGUGUAAGACUUGUUCCUUCUUCAAGGAUGCUUUACUGAAAUGGUCUGAGCUGAAUUUUCGGAAAGAUUUUAUCGACUAUGUUUCAGAAGUUCGGGAAAUUUCAGAGACACUUCCACAAAUAUUGCUCCAUCAAGAUGUUCUCGUCCAAUCCUUGUUAAGGCGUUUUUGUAUUCAAUCCAAGAACUCAUUUGAGGCUCUUUUUGACUUAUUAGAAGCAAUAUCACGGGAUGUUGGUAGAGAAUUUUUGAAAUAUUUUCCUGAAGCUAUGAUUAAAUUUGAGAGUUUAAUAAAGGAAGGCGUCGAGCAUGAACCUGAGAUUCUUAAACAACUAUUUACUUGCUUUGCACGCCUGUGCAAGUUACUUCAUGAGGAUUUAUCUCGUGAUAUUUCAGGAACAUUGCGAAUUACGAAGAAUUUAAGGAUGCACAAAUCAGCAAAUAUCCGUUCUUUCACCGUUCAAGGACUUGCUUUGAUCUUGAGGAGAGCCACACAAGUCCAAAUUUCGAUUGGAAUUUUAAAGAUUCUACGAGAAAUUGAAGGUGAUACUGGAAAAGAUAAAUUAGAAAUAUCUAAUUUCAACACUGCGAGUAGCGUGAAAUGCGAAAGCGCCGGUGCACUUCUUGCUGAGACAGUUCGUGGCGCAGCUCAUGGUCUACAUUCCACCUCCACCAAAAUUUUUACUGUGAUAUUUGAUCCUGAUACAGAACUCUUCGCUGAAUCCCAUUUAUUCGAAGUAGCAAAUGAAAUGUUGCGAAAAGUUUGCAGCUUUGGACGGAGGGGAAGACUUGGAAUAUUAUGGGACACCUUACUUUCUGCUAUUCGAACGAACCUUCAGAGUGAAAAAAGUAACGCAAAUAAAAUAAAUUAUCACAUGAAAUUGGUUUCGAUGAUGGUGAAACACAACAAUGGAUCUGCUGUCGAAAACUUUAUGCCUAUCUUUGAAGUUUUUGAACUUACUCUCGAAUUCUAUUGUAUCUCAAAGGUUAUGAAUCAAGAUGACUCGAUACAGCAAACUCUAUUCGAACUCAUUUUCAAUAUAUGUGAUGCACACAAUAUUGUGUAUGGAUCAAGUGCUGGACCAUUUAAAAUGGCAGAAAGGGCGAUUCAAUGGGUGAGGUUGAUUUCGAUCGCCUCUUCCCACUCAAUUGUAAAGUAUCUAAAAGGUCUAAAUCAGAGAGCAAGACUCCAAAAUCUUGCAGCAAUGAAUAUGCUUAAAAUUUUUACCUCCGUUUGUUUGGUCAAAUUUUUAGAAGAAGUAUCAGACGUUGGUAUUGCAAUUACUUCUGAAUCGUGCCGAAUAUUAUUGGAGUGCAAUUGUGUCGACAGAGAUUUUUUGGUCGAAAAUGAAAUUAAUCAUGUGAAAAUUAUCAACAUAUUACAAACGCACCAAUCUUGUGUUUAUCCUCUGAGUGUUCUAUGGGGCGCUGUACGAGUUGCACCGUUUUGUGUGGAGUUUGAAGCAUGCCACUCCAUUGUUGAAAGCAUACUAGAUUACGCUCUCACAAAGUUAGAAACUUUACAAGAAGAAAAGAAGAUUACUGAAGAUGAAGCAAUCAAACCUACUUUUGCAAUUCUAGUAGCGGGACUUCAAGCUCUUGUGACUCUAAAUAAACUUUCAAAUGUUACUUCUCAGUAUGCUGAAACCAUCUAUCCUCGUUUGUUUUUCAGGGUAAUUAAAAUUUCACGGCUUUAUUCAGGACCGUUACUAUGUGCUACAGAGCUUCUUGAAUCCAAGCAUAUGCUGAAUACUAGUAUGAUCUUUUUGAAAGCAGCAAUUCCAGAAAAUUUUGGAGGACUUACUUCAUCUAAUCGCCACGUGCGAUAUGCUAACCUCAAAUAUUUGAGUGUUUUAAUGGUGGAUGAGAAAGAAAAAUCAUGGAUGGUAGUGAAGGAUAUACUUUCAAAAUUUUGCAUUUUGAAUGCACAAGACCCAGGAAAAAGUACCAAGCUCCUCUCCAACUUGAGGCAAUAUGAAGUUAUGCUUCAGGCUGUCUCUCGAUCUCUGAGUUCCACUACUAUUCCACAUCAAUCUAUAAAACUAAUAAUGAGUGUAUGUAUUGGUGCUUUAAAUAUUAAGCUUUCUACAUUGUGGCCAUCCAUAAUAUCGACCCUGGGAAUGCUUCUUAAUAUGUACGCAGAGGCUCGCGAAGUCUUUAUUUUUCAUCUCGAAGAAACACAGCUGGAGUGCAAUUUGGAGCUAGUAAAUAAAAACGAAUCGAAAAUUCCGAACUUAGAUGUUCAAAUAGAUGAAAUCGAAGUGCAAGAAUUUAUAGCACUUCAAAUUAAUCAGGUAGAGUAUGGAUUAAAUCCGUGGAUUCGGCUUAAUUUACUCUUAGAUACUCUUUCCAAAUUUUCGUUCUCGGAUAGUGUUUUUUAUCAUCGAAUUUCAGCCGAGUUCUUAAAAUACACAAAGUGGGAAAUCAAUACUAAUUGUUUUGCUUGGAAGACUGGUAUGCAAAAAUGGCUUCAUUCUUUUGAUAAUUCACUUAGAGGAGGUUAUAGCUUUCUUGGAUUUCAAGAGUGUAGUGAGAUUUAUUGUAAGCUGCUGGAGAUGCUUCAAUCAAAUGAUCCACAGUUAGCAUGUUUGGCAAUCCGUUGUUUAGGACAUUGGGAUUUCCCAUAUCUUACACGCGAUAUUAUUGUUCAUCUACAAGCAAUUGCUACUCCGAAAACGACUAAGCAAGCUCUCACAAGCUUAUGUUUUCCAGGACAUGUGUCAGAGCAAAAGCUUGGUAUUACUGUGAUAGAAAAACAACAUCGAUCGAAGAUUGUGCCUCUUGUUCUUCAAAUUUUGCUUCCACGCUUGCGCAAAGGUUCAAGUAGAAAUAUUUCCAUCCGUAAGGCUUCAUACUCAUGGAUGGCAGAACUAGAUUCCAGAGAGGUUCUUCCAUUGAUGCGUACGUUUUUCUCAAUUGUAAUUCAUAAUCAGUUAGUUUUAGAUGAUAUGAUUCAUCUGGCAAUUGAAAAUGAUUUCAGGGAAGAAAGUUGUCUUGAAACGUGCCUUGACUUCUCAAUGUUGUCAAUGAAAUCCAUUAAUAUAUUUUUUAGAAAUUUGGAGGAUUUGUUGUAUUACUUGGGUGAGCAUGUACUCGAAUAUAUACAAGUUAUUGUGCCAAUAUCUAUGAGGCUUAUCUGUACUGUGGCGGGUAUUUGUGAACAUGAGAGGUUUAUAAAAGUCAAUAAAACAGCAUCACCUUGUACUUCAUAUAAUACAGAUAGAGUGGAUCAAAAUAAAAAUUGCAUCUUAGAUGCUACAUUACAUAGAGAUGAAAGGAAACAUGCAAGAAAUGUUCGCACCUAUUCUUUACGAGUGCUGGCAGAUUUACUUAUUAGGCAUCCUCAAUUUGAAUUUCGUGUAUACUUCAAUGAUUUGGUUUACAUCAUGAAACCGCUACUGCUUCGUCUUUCAAAUGAGUGUAGUGCAUCAAUACCACCGGUUAUUUUACAGCUCGUGAGAUCUUUAGCUUCUAGUCAUCAUCUCUUGUUAACCUUUCUGAGUGUUGAGGAAUCCACAUCAAGCCUCAAGUUUGUUUGGGAGACUUUAAAAUCCGAAGUCGCUUCUGAACAAAGUCGUGUCUUAUGUUUAGAUAUUGCUGAGAGUCUUACGUGUCAUACAGAAAUUGACAAUGUUGGAAACAAAAAGAUGGCUAAACAGAUCCUGAUGAAACAUUCAAAAGAACUGUUUGAAUCGCUUCAAAUACUUGUUUUACAUCCUAUUCAAAAUCCAAAUCGUGCGGGUAAAUGGGUGCGAAGCCGAUUCAAUUUGAAGUUAGAACAUACCUUCACAUUGGUAAGUCGUUUGAGUCUUACCUUGGGAGGUAAAAAUGCAGUUCAUGCAACUAUUGUAUCUUUAGAUAGACUCGCUACAUUUCCGAGACUAGACGAAGGUAUGCUAUCAAAAUUACUCUUGGGAUUUUCUACAGCUUUUUUGGACUCUUCAGCAAUUGUAAAUCCCAAAGAUAUCGAUAAAUUCUGGGCAUUGAUAAUUCCAUUUCUAAGCAAAGUACGAAGUAUCAGUGUGCGAUCGGAAAUAAUUGAUGCGCUUUCUGCAAUAGCAAAGAAUUUUGAUUCUCUUUGGGUGUCGACAAAGAUUCUUCGGAAACUGAAUUCGACUGUGGAAAAUAGUUUAGAGGAGGUUAAUUUUGAAAUGAGGCUUAAAGCUUAUGAAAAAUUGACGACGAACUGGUUUUGUGCAAAUUCUCAACAAAAUAUGAAAGCAAUUCUUUUUCAAGCUUUGCAUGACUUAGAUUCGUCUGACUUCGCUAUUUGUCAUGCUGCGCAGUCAACAGUUCAAAAUUUCAUCGAUGCUCUUUCGAUCCCUUCGUGUAAAGAUACAUUUACCUUAGUAUAUUCUGAAAUAGUAUUACCAGGAAUCAAGAGGUCAAUGAAUAGCUCCGAGAAAAGUAAAAGAUCAGUUGCUAUUCAUCUCGUUGGUCAUCUUGCAAAGACACAGCCUCAUUGCGCUCCCGGUUUGAGCGUAUUGUCCAAAAGUGAUUCUGAGACGGACUUUUUCAUAAAUAUUACACAUCUACAGUCGCAUCGACGCACUCGUGCUCUAACUCAGCUAGAGAGUGCUUCUACAUCGUCAGAGUGCCGUUUAUCAACUGUUUUGGACUAUUAUAUACCUAUUGUCUUAAUGUGUCUGGCAGAUCCUGUAUCAAAUGUUGCAGCAACAGCUGUAUCUGUAGUUCGUCAGAUUUCAUCGAAACUACCAUGGCCUGCGUUUAAAGAUAUUCUGCGCAAACUAUUUCGUAAAUUUUACAGUGGCUACCUUCAAAAUAGUGCAUAUUUACGUGCAUUUGCUUCUGUUCUUGAAAAUUUGGAUCGCUUUUCGAACCUCGAAGAUCAAGAAAAAUUUCGAGAUCUUUUUAAAGAAUUUUAUCCAAAAUUAAUAAAGUUUUUGCCGGAUCGUGAGAAUGAGAUCGGAUCGAUUAAAAAAGAAGUAUCUCCUGCGCUGGUUCUUUCAUGUGCACAUAUCCUCAGCUUUCUUCCAGAGCAUGAAUUGAAGAUACACCUUCAAAGACUUAUAUUGCUGUUGUGCGUAAGUUUAGUUGAUCGAUCCCAAGGCAUAAGGGAUGCGGCAAGAGUGUCGUUAUCAAAUGUCGCUAGAGUUUUUGGAGCUCCUUAUGUGCCGUACGUUAUCAGAAUCCUGCGUGCUCAACUUCUAAAUGGUUUCCAACUACAUGUCCUCGGGUCAAUAACUUAUGAUAUUCUAAAAGUAACUACUUUAGAGGCACAAAAUGUAGAAGUCGAUGCUUUUCUCCCAGAAGUGUUACCAAUACUAGAUGCAGAUAUUUUUGGUGAAGUUUCUGAAGCACGAGAGAUCGCAAAAAUUACUGCAAAGAUUCCAGAAGCUCGUCACUCACGGUCGCUUGAAUCCAUUGAGCUGCUUUCUGUAAGAGCGUCUUUCCCUGCUUCAAUGCCAAUAUUGCUCUCAUUGGUCACCAGACGUCUCCAUGACUUUGGAAAUAUUCAAAGUAAUCGUAAGAUUGAACAGAUUCUGUUUUCUAUUCAUAAAGGUAUUUUAGUCAGAAAAAAUCUUGAAGGGAAAGAAAUUCUUGUAGUGGCCAGAUCCAUUUUGUCAAUUGAUUCUUCUGCUGAAUUUCUUUCCUUUGAUAAUAUUGUUGCGGAUGAAAAUAUAUCUACAACGCAAGAAAUCAAUACUACUGUUAUAAAUAAUAAUCCUGUUAUUGUUUUGUUUGCUUUGAGGUUGAUCAAAGGUGUACUGAAGCACUUCUCAACAAAAAACAUUCCGGAUGGUGAAAGGAAGGAGUACUUUAAUAUAUUAGAGGAUAUAGUUCCUGUACUAUUUCGUUUGAUGAACUGUGCGAAUCAUGAAAUUCCUCUUCUAUGUUUACAAAUUCUUUCUGACUUGACGAAUAUGAGAUUGAGUAAGUUUGAGCACAAUCCAGAUUCAUUAAUUAGGCGGAUCCUUGCUCUAUUGAAUGCAUCAGGUAGUGAUCCACAACUUGCUCAAGAUUGCCUUCGACUUCUCUCAAAUCUAAUGUCAAGAUAUGCCAAUGUAUCUCCGUCAAAUGCUCAGUACCGUGUGGUUCUUGGUUACGCUUUUGAUAACAUAGAAGUCGAGAGUAGUACUUCAGUAUGCCAUUCUGUAUUGCGUGCUAUUUUGUCACGUCGACCACUUCUGUCAGAAAUAUAUACAGGAAUGGAUGGGAUCUGCUGUUUAGUCGCAACUGGAACCUCCGAGCAUUCAAGGAAAAUGUGUGCUCAAACUUUUCUCCAGUUUUUACUUGAUUAUCCACUUGGAGCUAGAAGGUUACAGGACUAUUUAGAACAGCUUAUUGCAAAUCUGAAGUAUGAGUGUCCUGUCGGGAGAGCAUCCGUACUCAAUACACUGCACGCCGUGAUUUUGAAAUUUCCAAAAAGUGUCUUGAGAGAUACAGCAGAAGUUAUGUUUGUUCCUCUAAUUGUUCAACUGGGUACUGAUGCCUCCAGUAUAUGUCGACGGGGUGCAGGGGAAACUAUUGCUGCUCUUCUGUCGUGUAUUAGUGAAGAAAAGGCUAACAUCUUUUUAACUUGGUUACAGAAAUGGUUCACAGAAGAGCAAAGUAUGACGUUGAAGCGACUUUCAGUCCAGGUAAUGAAUGUAGCAUUAGAAAUUUGUCCAGAGAAGGUAAUAAGUACGAUCAGAAGCAUUUGGCCGCAAAUUCUUUCUGUAUUAGAAAUUCAAAAUUUCAAUAAAGAUGAGAAAUGGUUGCUCCAAUACAAUCUUUUAUUAUUUAUCGAAAGAUUAUGGGUAGUAACACCUCAGUUUUUUAAAUACCGAGAGAUAAAAAUAGAAAAGACAAUUUUCUUAAUAGUUCAACUUUUAAAACAUGAGCAUGAAUGGCUUCAGUCAUCAUCGACGCGAAUAUUGGGUCAAUACUUAAAAAUGCGUGGAGAUGAUUAUUCAUUGAAUUCGGAAAAUCUUUCUUUUCAGCAUGAUGAUGUUUACUUAGAACUUGCUGUAAAUAAUUCGAUGCUACUAUUCGAGAAUAACUUCAAGAGCAGUGACAUAUCAAUAGAGCUGGAAGUUUUAAGACAGAAUGCAAAGAAUAUCGCGUCGAUUACAUUGCUAUUUCUUUCUAAGAAUGCUAGCUUGACCGAGAAGAGUACAGAAAUGAGAGCAAACAAAGGAAUCACAUUUCUACAAAGAGUUGGCAGAUACUGUAUUGUGGCAAGUAACUGCAUUCGUGAAGUGAGCAUACGUUGUCUCGCUGGAAUUAUCGCUGGAAUUGAUGUUGAAAUGUUGUUUUCUCAUCCCAGCAUCCUUUAUGAGCUCAUAUUCCCGUGCUAUAUAUGCAUCGAUCCUAAAGUUAACGGAAUUUCAAUCGAACAUAGAGAACUUGCACUUGAAGUACUUCAGCUUUUACGAAGUCUUGUUGAGGACAGAUAUUUUAACGAAGUAUAUACCUCCGUGCAGUCCAAGCUAAAGUUUCGAAGAAAAUGGAGGAAAUAA